CUUUGUCGACUUUCAUCAUGCCUGGAUUCUCGCAGGCUACUGAGCUCAGCUCCUGGAAGGCUCUCCAGGAGCACCACGCCACCCUGGGCCGCAACAUCGUGCUCAAGGAGUACUUCGAGAAGGACCCCCAGCGCUUCGAGAAGUUUAGCCGCACCUUCAACAACACCGUGGAUAACUCGGAGAUCCUCUUCGACUUCUCCAAGAACUUCCUCACCGAGGAGACCCUGGGCCUGCUCGUGAAGCUGGCCAAGGAGGCCGGUGUCGAGGAGCUGCGUGAUUCCAUGUUCCGUGGUGAUCACAUCAACUUCACUGAGGACCGCGCGGUCUACCACGCUGCUCUGCGCAACACCUCCAAUGAGCCUAUGGAGGUUGACGGCAAGAGCGUUGUCGAGGAUGUCAAUGCUGUUCUCGAUCACAUGAAGGAGUUCUCCGAGCAGGUGCGCAGUGGUGAGUGGAAGGGUUACUCUGGCAAGAAGAUCGAUACCAUCAUCAACAUUGGUAUUGGUGGCUCUGAUCUCGGCCCUGUCAUGGUCACCGAGGCCCUGAAGCCCUACGGCCAGGAAGGCAUGAAGCUUCACUUCGUGUCCAACAUUGAUGGCACCCACGUCGCCGAGGCGAUCAAGGACUCCAACCCCGAGACUACCCUUUUCCUCAUCGCCUCCAAGACCUUCACCACCGCCGAGACCACCACCAACGCCAACACCGCGAAGAAAUGGUUCCUGGAGACCGCCAAGGACGAGGCGCACAUCGCAAAGCACUUCGUCGCUCUGUCCACCAACGAGGCCGAGGUCACCAAGUUCGGCAUUGACGCCAAGAACAUGUUCGGCUUCGAGUCAUGGGUUGGCGGUCGUUACUCCGUCUGGAGCGCCAUUGGUUUGUCCGUGGCUCUGUACAUUGGCUUCGACAACUUCCACCAGUUCCUGGCCGGUGCCCACGCCAUGGACAAGCACUUCCGCGAGACUCCCCUGGAGCAGAACAUUCCCGCCAUCGGUGGUCUGCUGAGCGUCUGGUACAGCGACUUCUUCGGUGCCCAGACUCAUCUGGUUGCUCCCUUCGACCAAUACCUGCACCGCUUCCCCGCCUACCUGCAGCAGCUGUCCAUGGAGAGCAACGGUAAGGCCAUCACUCGCUCCGGCGAGUAUGUCAAGUACACCACCGGCCCUAUCCUGUUCGGUGAGCCGGCCACCAACGCCCAGCACAGUUUCUUCCAGCUGCUGCACCAGGGUACCAAGCUCAUCCCGGCCGAUUUCAUCAUGGCCGCCGAGUCACACAACCCCGUCGAGGGCGGCAAGCACCAGCGCAUGCUGGCCUCUAACUUCCUCGCUCAAUCCGAGGCCUUGAUGGUUGGUAAGACCCCCGAGGAGGUCAAGGCCGAGGGUGCCCCCGCCGACCUUGUCUCUCACAAGACUUUCCUGGGCAACCGUCCCACGACCUCCAUUCUGGCGCAGAAGAUCACCCCCUCCACUCUGGGUGCUCUGAUCACCUACUACGAGCACGUCACCUUCACCGAGGGAGCUAUUUGGAACAUCAACUCCUUCGACCAAUGGGGUGUCGAGCUGGGCAAGGUCCUGGCUAAGAACAUCCAGAAGGAGCUGGAGACUGAUGGUGCGGGCGGCGGCCACGACGCCUCUACCAGCGUCACCGUACCAUCCGCAUCUCGAGUCCCCAGUGUCGUCGCCCUGCUCUCCAUCGCUGGUGCGCUGUUACCGUCCAGCGCAGCAGCGGGGGACAGCCGUGGCGACAGCGGGGAGGGAUACUCACUGGGCCAAGAAAUCCCCAUAUCCUGCCUGAAUCGAACAUUUCCACAGUUCAAACUACAUAGUCUUCAAGAGGAACAAUUGCUAACCACCGAAUGCGUUUCCAGGGACGGCGAACAUAUUACAGACGACCUGGGCAAACUCCAAUACGUGCCCUUCGUAACAUGCAACGAGACAUCCCGUCCUCUCUCCAUCCACUACGGCGUGCCCGAAACAAUCACCUGCACCGUCCCCGCCCUCUCAGACACUCUAUACCACCUACUAGAGUUCUACGUGCACUCCGACGAAGUCGAACCCAACUCCCUCUCCGCCCUAAACGACAACGGACCCCCCUUCACACCCAUAACGAUCGCCCUGCAGGGCACCCUGCAAAAAAGCCACCUCCACAUCUGGACAGACAUGAACAUGCUAAUGCACAACAUGGCCUCGGACGCCGCAGCCCAAGAUAGCACCUCGAACGCGCAAACCGGCCAACCAGGCUACACCGUCGCCGGAACCGCGUACUCAACCCCCGAAUUCGAGGCUGCGCUGGCAAAAGCCUCGCUAGACGAGGAUGACAAGGCCGUUGCGCUGGCGCAGGCUGCGCGCGAGCCUUGGACGCCCGGACACGGGACGAAGGUUAUUCGCGGUGAGCCGUUGGCGUUCUCGUUUCAUGUUGCGUGGGUUGAGGGCGGGGCGGGGAUUGGAUGGCCUGGUCGGCCGGAGGAGUAUUCGUUUUUGGGACCGGGGGGGACGGAUUGUUGUUGA